CUAUAAAUAGCAGUGCGCUCGCUGGUGGACGCGCGCAUAUUACCUCUCCGAGACGUCGUGACGUCGAUGCGGCGGGCUACGGCGGGUCGACGAUGCUCGGUCGAUCUUCACGUGAGCGAUAACCGCGUCGGAGAGUAGCAGCGUGAUCAGCAAGAUCACUGCGGUCGGAGUGCGCGCACGCCGUAGACGCGGUCUCCACGUCGCCGAAAACGGUCGACGAGCCACGGCCGCGUGUUAUCUUCGCGCGUGGAAACCAGCCCGAACGAGAGAGAGAGAGAGAGAGAUAAGUGUUCCCGGAGAGGUCGUGUAAAUGCGCGCAUGAGGGAGGACUGAAAAUAGGAGUCCAACGGGAAGGAUCGCGGAGUUGUCCUUCAGGGAGGGGACUAUUUUUAGCCGUAGUUGGGAAUGUGUUCGCCGACAGUCCUCGUACCUCUUUUCUCCAAAAGCGACCGAUAACCCUCGGCGGCCAGUAACUCCUUGCGAGAGCGCAACUAGACUUUAGGGUCACCACGAGGCACUCCACUCGAAUUUCCUGACGUUUUGUAAUAUCCUGUUGUCCAGCAGGAGGAUGGAGAACGAGCAGCAUCACUAUGAGCUGCGCAGCAGGAGCAGGUCCCGCUCGCAUACCCCCAUGAUCCUCAGUCCUCCGUUACCGGAGCCGGAGGUAGCGGAGCAUCACUAUGAUCUCAGAAGCAGGAGCCGGGAGAGGUCUCACACACCUGGAGAAGUAACGAGUAGCCGGAGAUCUGGCUCUAGAUCGUUAACUGGAAGUAGCAAUAAAAUGCAUGAGAAGAAUAUGGAAACGAUAGACGAAAGUAAGGAGGGCUCGGUGACAGAGAGUUUAACAGAUACUCAGAGUACAAAAUCCGAGAGUUCUACCACAAUGACCACAAAACGGCCAGAACGACGCUCGGAGCGUCAGAGAGCCAAGAGGCAAAUAUUUGUCAACGGUCAGAGUGAAAGCAAAGAAGACGUGACUAACCAGAAAGCCGAGCGAAAGCGCAAAAGUGUUACACCACACAGAAUACUUAGCAAUGAUUACUCUUCAUCUGAAGAGGGAGAAAGGAAGGAUACUUCAGGCAGAUCAGUUUAUGAAAUUUACAAGCAGGCUGGUGAAUGGUGGAAUGUUUUCCCAAAGACAGAUUAUACGUAUUCAAAGGCAUCACGAUGUCGUUAUGAGAUCGCGCCAGGCAUUUUGGCAAUGCCAAACAUGUCACGGCGGUCAAUACGCGCGAAUGGUAACGACAACAAUACAAUACCUCAAAACAUUCAGCCAAGUUCGAGUCAGAUGUCACGAGGAGCAACGGAAAGUGGAAUAAGUGAUAUAGAUACUACAGAUACAAGCUCGUUAUUUCGGACACCUGUGGAUAAUUAUAAUACACAACGUGCACAAAUGUAUUCUACAGCAAAAACGAUGGUAUACAAAAGAAUGCACGUAGAACAGCACACCAGUCAGACGAAAAUGGUCUAUUCGGACGAUGAAUAUCCUGUAGAUGAGUGGUUAAGGUAUCCGUACUCGGGUGGUCCUGUAACAUAUGCUGAGAGAUAUGGGUUGUCCCAACACGAAUCUGACAAUGAGUUGAAUGAGACAUUUGAAACGUUACAACUCAAGACUAACCAAAGGUGGAGAAUCGUGCAGUGGUUUACGUAUUUUGUACAUUUCAUCGUUUUCCUCGUUGUUGCUCCAUUUAAGAAAAUUGUGGAGUUCUUCAAGUUGAGAAAACAAACGACGGAAAGAAGAAUGGAAUAUCACGAUACAACAGUUCAAUUAUCUGACAAUGCAACCAAACGCAGAACAAUGUUGCAAUUUUUGGAUCAUUGGUCGAACAGCCUGUACUUUCUCUACGUUAGAGUGCUGAUACUUGACGACUGUUUGCUGAGUCGACUUACCCGCGUUAGGGAGCGUCUGCCAGAGAGAAAACAUUCGAGGAUUCUUUUGAUCACGGUGUUACCGCUUCUUCUUGUGCUUGGCGGCUGGUACGCAGCACGACACCUGUUUCCUGACGUUAAAACUGCGUUACACGACAUGAACCAAGGAUUACCUUACAUAUAUUGGAACAACAAUGAGAUUGAAAAUGUCGAACAAAAAGUGACUGAACAAGCUUGGUACAAAGAUGAUUUACUCCGCAGGAUAGAAGCGCUCGAGAAAGAACGGACAUAUCGAAUGGAAUAUCUUAUGAAUAUUACUCAGCUUUUGGAAGAACGUAAGCAAAACGACAUCGAAUUCAAGAAUGAAUACAAUGAUAAACUUGCUAACGUGGAGAAUAAAUUGGAUGAUAAUGAACUAAAGAAUACAGUAUUCACUGAGCUCAAGAUUAUCAAACACGAAUUCGAGAAGUUACACGAACUCUAUUCCGAAUUAAAAUCUUGCUGCAAGUCUAACGCGGAAGCUUUCACGGAACAGACAAUAGAAAAGCAUGUGGAAAAAAUUUUAUCAAGUUAUUUCCCUGGAAUUUCGAAAUCAGAUCUAAUGAAGAUCAAUCAGAAAUUGCUUGCACUUCAGAACAAAGAAGAUCAGGGAGUCUUCAAUAAUGAUGUUGGCAACAUAGAAGCGCUGGAUGAACGUAUGCGCAAGAUAGUGAAAGACAUUCUGCGGGUAUACGAUGCAGACAAAACGAAUCAAGUAGAUUACGCUUUGGAAUCAGCAGGCGGGCAGAUUAUUAACACGCGGUGCACUCAGAGAUAUGACAUAAAAUCGAAAGCGUUCAGUCUGUUUGGAUUCACGUUGUAUUAUGAAAGCAAUAAUCCGCGGACUGUAAUACAGAGGAAUCCAAUACAACCUGGCGCUUGCUGGGCCUUCCAAGAUUUCCCUGGCUACCUUGUAAUACAAUUACGAUGCUUUAUUUAUGUAACCGGUUUCACUCUGGAGCACGUCCCUAGAUCGAUCCUGCCAAACGAGAACAUGUCGAGUGCGCCCAAGAAGUUCAACGUCUGGGGACUAAGAAACGAGACUGAUCCGGAGCCACUAAUACUUGGCGAGUACGAAUUCGUAAUUUCUGAUGACAGCUUACAGUAUUUUCCAGUCCAGAACACAGAGAUCAAUAGACCGUUUGAGUACGUGGAAUUGAGGAUACACAGCAAUCAUGGGCAGCUGGACUACACGUGUUUAUACAGAUUCCGCGUUCAUGGAAGACCGGCUUAGGGAUUAAUCGAAUAUCAAAGGUUCCUCUUUACAAGAUGUUCACGUGGUCAUUCAAGCAAUAAUGAAUGCGCCACACUUCUCUGAAAUGUGCCUUCAACUGCAACUGCUGUUAAUAGAAAGCCCAAUCGGUGAAUUGAUAUAAUAUAUAAUUUAAAAUAUUUUAUCCCUACAGCAAUAUUUACUGGACGCGUGAUGGGGAAAGCCACCAAUCGGCAUGAUUUAUUGUAGCACCGUGAUUAUAUAUUGUGAAUAGAUCGAUUAUUUAAUGUUUUGCUAAUAGAUUUUCUAUGAUUGAGGAACAAGAAUAGUUUUGUAAAGUUCAUCGAAAAGAUUAAUUUUUUUAAAGAUUAAUCUUUAAAACUUAGAACUUUACAAAACUAUUCUUGUUCCUUAAUUAUAGAACUAUUAGCAAAACAUUAAAUAAUCGAUCUAUUCACAUUCACAAUAUAAUUACGAUGCUACAAUAAAUCACGCCGAUUGGUGGCUUCCCCCGUCACGCGUCCAGUAAAUAUUGCCGUAGGGAUAAAAUAUUUUAAAUUAUAUAUUAUAUUAUCAAUGAUAACGUAACAUUGAUUCGGCAGCGUUACGUGUAAGACUGACACUCCAAAAGUUACCCCAAAGCUGAGUGUGAAUCAUAAUAUUUGUAAUAACGCUACAGUACAAAUUGUAAAAACAAACAUAACGAUUAACUAGUUGAAUAAUUAUGGUUAAGUAACAAAAAAUUGAUUAAUUUCUAGGUUUAAGCAAGUCAAUGUUCUCCGCUAGGAGGAGGAACGCUUUUCUAAAGAUUUGAUAAUACACAUUAGGCACUAGCAUGCCAUUCAAUACCACAUGUGUAUAUAAAGUUUUUAAUACGUUUGCAGCGUCCGUUCUCUUCCGUUCUAGUUUGUCUAGUUUUAACGAAAUUUUAUCAAUAUUUGCGGGUGUUUUAGGUCGCGAUGCGUGUAUUCUCGACGCCUAAUUUCGAAGCGAACGCACAUGCUUUUGCUUUGCGGUACUUAUCGUAACAGUGACACUGGUCGAGUUGCCUUAACGUUCUCGACCUUCGUCACGUCGAAAUGCACUCGUGCAGUCGUGUCUGCGUUUUUAUCAUCACCGUACGUGUUAAUAGAUUUUUACAUUUGCAAAUAAAAAAGCAACCGCGUUUUAUUCACAA